GACAUGUGUGAGCAAUAUGGAGUAACUCUGGAUAUGUAACAAACAAACUUUUCUUGCACUUGUAGGAAACUGGGAUACUGAGUGAGCACAUUUUCUGAGAUGCCAAACUGGCUGUUACAGAUCUCUGGCUGCCCAGGAAGUUUGCAGAUGCAGCUCUGCUGUGUGCUACAGCCACCCACUGUUUUGCAGUGUCAGCUGGGCUGGAGCUCAGAUCCACCCACUCCCACCGUACCAGGCCCAUUACCCUGGAGCUGAAGGCAAAAUGCAAAUGUUGCCCAGUCACUAUGAACAAUGGCCCAGCUAUACUACAAAAAGGUAAAUUACUCACCAUACAGAGACCGGAUCCCGCUGCAGAUCGUGCGGGCAGAGGCAGAGCUGUCGGCGGAGGAGAAAGCCUACCUCAGUGCUGUGGAGAAGGGGGACUAUGCCAGUGUGAAACAUGCCCUGCAAGAGGCAGAGAUCUACUACAACAUCAACAUCAACUGUAUGGAUCCUCUCGGUCGCAGUGCCCUUUUAAUAGCCAUAGAGAAUGAAAACCUGGAGAUCAUGGAGCUGCUGCUGAGCCACAGCGUGUACGUGGGCGACGCGCUGCUCUACGCGAUACGCAAAGAGGUGGUGGGAGCCGUGGAGCUGCUGCUGAACUACAGGAAGCCGAGCGGUGAAAAACAGGUUCCAACCUUGAUGAUGGACACCCAGUUUUCAGAGUUCACUCCAGACAUCACACCCAUCAUGCUGGCAGCUCACACCAACAACUAUGAAAUCAUCAAACUGCUUGUCCAAAGACGGGUAACGAUUCCACGCCCACACCAGAUCAGAUGCAACUGCGUGGAAUGUGUCUCCAGUUCGGAGGUGGACAGCCUGAGGCAUUCCAGGUCAAGGCUGAACAUCUACAAAGCCUUAGCCAGCCCUUCAUUGAUUGCCUUAUCAAGUGAGGAUCCCAUUUUGACAGCCUUCCGACUGGGCUGGGAGCUGAAGGAGUUGAGCAAAGUGGAAAAUGAAUUCAAGGCUGAAUAUGAAGAACUUUCACAGCAAUGCAAGCGUUUUGCCAAGGACCUUUUGGAUCAAGCACGGAGCUCCCGAGAACUGGAGAUCAUUCUCAAUCACAGAGAUGAUCAAAGUGAAGAGCUGGACCCCCAAAAAUGUCAUGAUUUGGCAAAGCUAAAGGUAGCAAUAAAGUACCACCAGAAAGAGUUUGUUGCUCAGCCAAACUGCCAGCAGCUACUAGCAACACUUUGGUACGAUGGUUUUCCAGGGUGGCGGCGGAAACACUGGGCAGUAAAACUGUUGACCUGUGUCACCAUUGGCCUGCUGUUUCCCGUGCUGUCCGUGGCGUACCUGAUUGCACCGAAGAGCAGGCUGGGACUGUUCAUUAAAAAGCCAUUUAUAAAGUUUAUCUGCCACACCGGCUCUUACCUGACCUUCCUCUUCAUGCUCCUGCUGGCGUCGCAGCACAUCGUCAGGACUGACCUUCACAUGCAGGGGCCACCUCCCACCAUCGUGGAGUGGAUGAUCCUGCCCUGGGUUCUAGGUUUUAUCUGGGGAGAAAUCAAGGAAAUGUGGGAUGGUGGAUUCAAUGAGUAUGUACAUGACUGGUGGAAUCUGAUGGAUUUUGCAAUGAACUCCCUCUAUCUUGCAACUAUCUCCCUUAAAAUUGUCGCCUAUGUCAAGUAUAAUGGUUCCCGUCCCAGGGAGGAAUGGGAAAUGUGGCACCCGACCCUCAUUGCAGAAGCCCUCUUUGCAAUAUCCAACAUUUUAAGUUCCUUGCGUCUCAUAUCCCUUUUUACAGCCAAUUCCCACCUGGGACCCUUGCAGAUCUCUCUGGGACGCAUGCUGCUGGACAUCCUUAAAUUCCUUUUUAUCUACUGUCUGGUGCUUCUGGCUUUUGCAAAUGGACUGAACCAGCUUUAUUUUUAUUAUGAGACCAGUGCCUCGGAGGAGCCCAACAACUGCAAGGGGAUCCGAUGUGAGAAACAGAACAAUGCCUUCUCCACACUUUUCGAGACCCUCCAGUCACUCUUCUGGUCUGUGUUCGGUCUGCUGAACCUCUAUGUCACCAACGUGAAAGCCAGGCAUGAGUUCACAGAGUUUGUUGGGGCCACCAUGUUUGGGACCUACAACGUCAUCUCCCUUGUUGUGCUGCUGAACAUGCUCAUAGCCAUGAUGAACAACUCCUACCAGCUCAUUGCUGACCACGCAGACAUCGAAUGGAAGUUCGCACGGACGAAGCUCUGGAUGAGUUACUUCGACGAAGGUGCCACUCUGCCCCCUCCCUUUAACAUUGUCCCCAGUCCCAAGUCAGUCUGGUACCUUUGCAAGUGGAUCCACAACCAGCUGUGCCCAGGUGAUGACUCUGACAAUGAACAGAAGAGGCAUGAAAACCUCAAAACAUUCACAGAACGACACGCUGACAACCUGAUUCAGAAUCAACACUACCAGGAAGUGAUAAGAAAUCUUGUGAAAAGAUAUGUUGCAGCAAUGAUAAGGACUUCCAAAACCAACGAAGGCUUAACUGAAGAAAAUUUCAAGGAAUUAAAACAGGACAUCUCAAGUUUUCGCUAUGAGGUUCUUGACCUCUUAGGAAAUAGAAAGCCCCAGAGGAGGAGUUAUUCAACCAGCAGCACAGAGGUGUCCCAGAAGGAUGAAACAAAUGAGGACGGUGCUGGAGAAAAAUCCAGAGCCAAGAGCGUGUCUUUCAAUGUAGCCAACAAAAAAAAGGACUUCAAUGUAUCUGCUCUGAUUAAAACCAUGUCUGGGAUCGAUAUUGUGGAAGAGAAGCCAAAAAGCAAUGGGAUCAGUAAGCGCUCCUUUGUCCGAAAUGGCAACAGAGUUCAGAGACUCUCCAGCUCCAAGAAGGAAUCCUUCAAGAGACUGGGCCUGCUCUUCUCCAAGAUGAAUGGACACGUACCUGAACCCAGUUCAGAACCCAUGUACACUAUUUCAGAUGGAAUUAUUCAGCCACACUACAUGUGGAAAGACAUUAAAUAUUCUCAGAUUGAUAGAGAGAGAGAAGAGAACUGUUCCAGAAGUGAGAUUAACCUCAAUGAGGUGGCCUACAGUGGGAACACGAGACUUACAGGACAGAGCAAGGAAUGUCCUGUGGUUUGUGCCAGCUCCCUUCACUGUGCUUCCAGUAUUUGUUCCUCUAAUUCCAAACUUAUAGACUCGUCAGAGGACGUGUUUGAUUCCUGGGGAGAGGCCUGUGACUUGUUCAUAAACCAGUGGAAAGAUGGACAGGAGGAUCACGUUACCACUCGGCUCUAAGUAAAACUAUCUUAACGCUCACUGGAAAACCUACCCAAGAAUUGGUAAUUGUUUGCUCUCAUCUGAUUCAGCAUUACUGUUCCCUUUCUGUCCACAGGUGAAAAAAAAGUGUAAACACACUUAUGUUAGCCUAUUUUAUAACCAUCUGCACAUUUUUUAAUUUAUUUUUGUACACUCGCUAAUACUAAACUAAAGGUUUCACCAUUUAUAAGGUCACUAUAAACCACAGGAAUCCCUUCAGAUGUAGUCUUAGUCUUCAAACCCCACAGACUUCAGAUGCACUGGUGGCUGAGGAAAGGAUUUCUCCAGUGGUCCCACCAUCAUUCCACCACAGGUGGGUUUCCCUGCUGUCCAACACCGUUGGCUCUGUGUCCUGCUCAGUUUUCCUCAUCAGCACGACCAGAUGAUGAGCAGGAGGAUGAGAACCACAUUUAAAAUCUUUUUAAAAAGGGUUUCACCUUAUAGCCGGUCCUUUGUUUCCUUUAAGCAAUAUGACUUCUGUUUCUUUUGGCUGUGCGUGUUUUUUCAGGUCAUUACAUUAAAUUGUAAAUUGUUAUUGAAUGCAAGACCCCUUUGAUCAUCCAGCUGGAACAUGUUAUUAUUUGCUUAUUUGCCUAAUUUGCCUUUUAGGGAGCAGAAAGACCUUCCAGUUAGGCUGACAGUGGGAACCAGCACCUGGCUUUGCUACCAACUUCUGUGUAGCUGCUUGAAAUACAAACCUGUGUGUAGUUUGGCUGAACCAAAACCCAGCUCUAAGCCUUGCCCUUGUUUUGCAAUUCCUAAUCUUAUUUCCACCACUGCAUUCACUUUUUGCUGUAUCUCUGAUGGAUGUCAGGCUUCAGGGAGAAAACCAUCCUCCCUGUGUACGGCAGGUGCUAAGAGGGAUCAUCUUCCCUGGGCCCCUGAGCUGCAUUUCUGAAAAGCAGCCUAAGUAGUAGAGGCUCAAACUGCAUCAGCAGCACGGAAUGGCUCUGCAGCUCCUCUUCUGAGGUGCAGCAAAAAGGAGUGUGGCAGUAGGUAGUAUCUUUUAUCUCCCCAGUUGUGGCAGUGGUAGUGUCUGUGGCUUACCACUGUCACUACUUUAGUUCCAAGGAGCAGCAGAGCGGGGAGAAGACAAACCUCAUCAAGGGCAAAAUGCUUGAAUUCUUAACAGUGAUUUUUAGUGGUUUGUUUGUUUUUUUUUUAAUUUUAUUUUUAACAAUGUGAUACUUGAACUUUCUUCUGCAGUGUUGCUAAGAAACACUUUACCACCACUUCAGAGCUGUUAUUAGUCAGCUGCUUUCUUGGAGGAACCAAGUCCUGAGGAGGAGCUCAGGAAGGGCUUUGUUCCUGCCCUCGUGCAGGGCUGUGUUCCCAGGAGAGGUUCUGUGAGCUGCAGCAUUUCCCAAGGGCGGCUGCCAAAAAUCACCUCAUCUGUGAACUGAGCUGUGAGUUGCCUUUGGAAAAGCAUAGUGCUGGAAAAUCUGCUCCUGCCAUUGCAGUGGGUCAGAUUUUACCAGCAAGGGGCACCAGCAGCUCUUGUGGCAGCACAAGAGAGGAGAGGGGUAAGGGUUGCUGGGACACCUGCAGCUGGAUGCUCUGCCCAGGUUUUAAACCUGGCUCCCUUCUUUUGUGAAGGAAAACCACCUUGUUGGGUUUUUCCUUUGGGCACCUGUGCAGCUUCAUGUAAUGGGCCCUACAGAGCACAGAAAUCAAGCAGGAAUGUGAAUGAUGCAGCCAGUUCCUGAAGCAGAGCUGCAGGUGCCAACACACUGGACUCGUGGAAGUUUCCAAUACAGACCUCAAAAUACAAUACAGCCCUGGUGUCAAGAAAAAUCAGCAACUAGGAGCAGAGACUCAAAAAUGUUUCUGUAUUCCUAGAGUGAAAUGACCCCAGUCUUGUUAACAGCAGGCAGUGUAAAACCCAAAAUAUUUAAGCCUCUAGAUGUGUUAGCUAAAGGCAGAGUGAAAGGCAUUUUGUAUCAACAGAUUUCAGGCUUUCAUGCUAAUUGCAGGGUUAGAGUUGUCUUUGAAAACUGCAUCUCCUCUUCCUUCAUGGAAGGCUGAGCAAAGUGACAUUUGCGCUACACAAGGAGACUUGCAAAAUUCAAGGGUCAGGAACAGCUUGGUGAUCAUUCUGUGAGGAAAUCCAGCACUCCUGUCUCUUAGAAGCAAAUCCAUCAGUGCAGGAAAGCUGCAGUGAGAACCCACCAAAACUAAUAGAGCAGCUCACACUUAAAGUUCAAUAAAGCAAACCGAGCACAUUUCUGUAAAGAUGAACAUUAGCAGGAGCUGCUGCAGGGGCAUGAAGGAAAGGGUUUGAAUCCUUUGAUGCCUCACCUAACCACCCUGCAGAUCUGUGAAGUCUACUUGACACGGGGCCAGCAAAAAUUUUUGGUAUUUCCUGUGUAAGGAGUAAGAAUGAAAACAAUUCAAGGACAGUUAUGCAGAUUACACCAAAUGGGCUUGAGGCUGUGCCAGAAACAGAGUUUGUGUCCUUGGACAGUGGAAAGUCUUAAGAACAAGCACACUGCUACUGGUGAUGAUGAUAUUGUGUCAUUUAAACACAGCACUGCAUUAACAGGUACAGACAACAAAACGAAACGUAAUUAACUCUGCAGUGCUGCCCCCAAAAAUGUAAAAAUCCCUUCCAUGCAAACUGUGUGAGUCAUGUUCUCCUGCUGUGGCCUGAAAGGGCAGGUGUCAGGAGGGAUAAAACUGUCUGCAAACCCCCUUGUAACGCUGUGCUAAAGGGGGAAGGUACAUCACAUGGCUGCUCAGCUGGGGCUCCCCCGGGGGUUUGUUUCAUGACUCAGAUCCUUCCUUGCUCCCAGCUAUGAGGGAGUCUGAGCUGACUUUAAUUUAACACAAAUAUUUGAUUUGGCUGUGAUUAAUGCAUGUGUCCAGGAGUUUGCAAACUGUCAAAUUGGUCCCCCAAAAGGCAAAAUUCUCUGUGAUUGCAUCUUUGCAUCCCCAGUGGUAGCAAUAGACUUCAUAGCAGCUGAUGAAUUAUUAUUUUGCUAAAACAGGAGCUUCAGGGGAAGGAAAUUGAAGUAUCUUCUGCAAAACACAUUUGAUUGAAAAAACCAACCCCGGUUGCAGUUACAGUAUUUGAGAUUUCACCAGCAUUCUUCCAUUUUCAAUUGCUCAAAAAGAAAACACGUUUUAGUGCGAGUUAUUCUCAGUGAACAACCACUGUGCUGUCCCUGCAAGAAGCAGGGUGGGAGCCAAUGGGACAUCGAGUUUCUCCUGUGAGGAGUUAAACUUUUCCUUGGCUUGGGUUCAAGAUACACAGCUGAGCUCCAACUGGUACACACUUGGCCUUUAUUCUCUGGGCUUCAAGACUAAUCCAUAAAUAUAUGCAAAGAAUUUGGAAUUAGGAAUAACAGAGAUCUCAACCACUUGCCCUUCCUUAGGUUUCUUGCUCUUGAAGUUGCAUUUUUUCUCACCUCCCAGCCCAGUGUCAUUUUCACUGGCUUUUUAAAGCAGCACACCUGCAAAUGGUCAUGGAAUCAUGGAGCUGUUUGGGUUGGAAGGGACCUUAAAGUUCUUCUUGUUCCAACUCCCCUGCCAUGGGCAU